UUCCACAGGUUGCUCUAAUUUUGUUGUACUUGCUAUAGUAACACUCACUUUUGAAGGCAUCAUGUGCAUCUCAGACAGAUUGUACUGACAUUGUUUGUUGUUAUAUGGGGACUUCGGUUGGGAAUAUUUUUACUAAUGAGAAUCUUAAAAUGGGGAGAAGAUCGUCGUCUUGAUAAAAUACGUAAUAAUUUUGGAAAGUUGGUAUUUUUUUGGACAUUUCAGGCUGCCUGGGUAUGGACAGUGAGCUUGCCUCUCACAAUUGUUAAUUCUAGUGACAAAAAUCCCCCUGUUCAAGCCCUUGAUGUUAUUGGCUGGAUAAUGUGGUUCAUUGGCAUAACCAUUGAAGUAAUUGCUGAUCAUCAGAAGUUGUUCAAAAAUUCUCCGAAAAACAAUGGGAAGUGGUGUAAUGUGGGUAUUUGGAAAUAUUCUCGGCAUCCAAAUUACUUUGGUGAAAUUCUCCUUUGGUGGGGAGUUUUCGUGGCUUCGACACCGGUUCUCAAUGGCGUCGAAUGGCUUGUGAUAAUUGGUCCUAUAUUUCUGAAACUUCUUCUGUUGUUUAUCAGUGGCAUUCCGCUUCUUGAGAAACCAGCAGAUAAGCGUUAUGGUGCUUCAAGAGAGUACCACGCAUACAAAAACACAACUAGCCCUCUGAUUCCAUUGCCACAUGCUCUUUAUGGAAAUUUGCCUGCAUGGUUCAAAGCAGCUUUCCUUUUCGAGUUUCCGAUGUAUACUCAAAGAAACCUCAAGGAUAAGUCAAGUUAAUUAUGUUGUAUCUAUCAGGUU